CUUACUUAAAGCCCUCAACGAAACAUAAUAGAAAAUCAAGUUAUACAUGUUGCCUUUUCACUAAUAUACCAUGGCAGGAAGAGGAUGAGACCAAUAAUGGUUUUUUUUUUUUUUUCAAGGGAAACCCUGGGUGGGAAGGGGAAUGAGCAAGACUCAAGAGUUCUACCACAGUUAAGUUUUGGUUUGUGGGACUUGAGUUUCAUAACCACAUAAUUAAGCCAAUAGGUAUAUGCUUUUUGGUUGAGGCGGUGGAGCGGGUUAAGCUAACCACAUAAUUAAGGAAAAUAAAACCAUAAGAAAAAUAUGUGGAGAAAGAGAGUUAGGAAACCGUACGUAAUAAAGCUGAUAGGAUAAGGGGAGACGAAAGAAGUCCAUAAUGGCAGAGAACCAGCGCACCACAGCCACGACUCCAGAUUUUGACACUCCGAAAUAUCCACAAGAUCCCUGGCCCACUAACUUCCACAACACAAAAGCACAUUUCUCAGAGAAAGGAAAUCAAACGCAGAGGAAGAACCCCAGGAAGAGAAAGAAAGCUUAGCUCGCAUUUCUCUUUGAAUUUGAUUUGAAUUCAAUCUUGAUUCACGCCUGAUAUAAAAAGCGCAUUUCUUCUUUUAGACAUAUGGCUUCCCUCACCACUUCAGUCAAUCCACAUUCAACUUGCUCUUUACAUCGCAAUUUUCAUUCCAGGAUCCCAGCUUUUAACUACAAUUAUUGCCCGAACUCUGCUAAUGAACCCAGCUCCUGUUGCUUGACCCCUAAAGCCAUUAUUCAAAACUCAAGCAGGACAAACUCAGGCUCAACAGCUGCUAGAUUCACUGUUCGAAGCGCCGCAACCAAACCCGCCAAAUCACCAGCUGAAGAGGACUGGUCGAUUAAGAGGAAGUAUCUGCUUGAGAAGAAGGUAAGGAGUGUCGAGGUGAACGAAGCUUUGCGACUUCAGAAAGAAAAUAACUUUGUGAUUCUUGAUGUACGUCCAGAAGCAGAGUUUAAAGAGGCUCAUCCGCCAGGAGCUAUUAAUGUUCAAAUUUAUAGGCUCAUAAAGGAGUGGACACCAUGGGACAUUGCCCGGAGGGCAGCAUUUGCAUUUUUCGGCAUCUUCCAAGGAACAGAAGAAAAUCCAGACUUUAUGCAAAGUGUGGAAUCGAAAAUAGAUAAGAAAGCGAAGAUAAUAGUAGCUUGCUCAUCUGGUGGUACAAUGAAGCCAUCACAAAGUCUUCCGGAAGGGCAACAAUCAAGGUCACUGAUAGCAGCUUACUUGCUAGUUCUCAAUGGUUACAGCAAUGUCUACCACUUGGAAGGAGGACUAAAUACCUGGUUUAAAGAAGGAUUGCCUGCAGCUUCUGAAGAUUCAGUUGUACAGAAAUGAGUUUCAAGAAAUUAAGGAUUUGAGGAUGAUAAAACAAUGGUACUUGAGUCAGCAUAUUCGAACUGCACAUGCAUCUUAUUCAAAGAAAGUUCUUCAUUACCUUGUUUGUUGCUUAAGCCAUCAAAGAAGCCCUUGCCAUAGCAAGAACACAUUCAUAAGUUUCAUUUCCUCCAAUGAAUCCACUCAUGCACAGAAGUACAACCAGGGAUAUGAGUAGCUUCGCAAAGCUCUCCAUCAUUGAGACCCCUCCAGAGAGAUGGUCGGGGUUUCCGGCUUUCAAAAUUUUCAGGUCAAAAAUGUGAAGCUUCCACUGCUGAAAUGCUAAUAACUGUCAUUAUGGGUUGUCAUGACCAUUGGGUUUAUUGAUUGUUAAAGAAGGAAAGGAAUGAUCACAGACCAAUAGGCAAACAAUUGAAAGAGGUGAAGGAUGACAGAAUCAAAAAGCUAAAUAAGGUCAUCAAGGACAUGAUUGAGACAAAAAAAUAUAUCGUUGCUGACAAAAAAAAAAAAAAAAGGACAUGAUUGAGACAACCAGUUUCCACUUACAGGAAAAGAUCUAUUUUGCACAAUGACUUCCCCAGUUGGAUCUACAGCUCUCUCUUUCUGCUAGACAUUCCAUAACUACGGAUCGAACUUGCAACCAUGAUUUUGCAUAGAAAUGAGCACUCCGAUAUGAAAAGUUUAAAAAAAAAAAUUUGUUCCUUUAACAAUCUUGUCAUGCUUAAGCUAUGAGUUGAACGUCUGAAGUUGUGCAGGAUGAUAGGAAAACAAAAGUUUCCAAUCAGCCUAGUACUAACUUCAAAAAUAUUGUCGAGUGGAAGACAAACCCAACUCAGAAUAGUGAGAGUUCAAGGGGAAGUCUCCUCCAAAAAUUCCUUCCCCGCUAGCUCCAUUGCUUGUUGAAAGGCAUUAUUUUCAUGCUCGGGUGAUUGAUCAAAAUGAGUCCAAUCUAGAUUCAAUCUUCCAACUCUGGAGCA